UCAUUUUUAUGUCCUGCACACAUAACCAGGCGAUAUACCUGGUUCAUAUAGCUCUCUGUUAUGUCUUUUGUUCUAUGAGAGAGAGAGAGAGAGAGAGAGAGAGAGAGAGAGAGAGAGAGAGAGCGAGCUCAGAAAGGUGGAUGAGCGCGUGUGCUGGUCGCGAGGAGGAGAGAGCGUGAGAUGCUGCUGACACAUUCCUAGAAAGAUGUGUAAAAUGGCGCAAGUAUGUUGGAGCCACCGGCUGUAGUUUGGAUCUAGAGGAGCUUAUUACUGCUUUCCCAUCCUUGUCUUCGCUCUUGCCUCACCUUCUUUUUUGCAUCUCGUCUAAAUUUCAAUGUGAUUAAAUGGCUUCCAGACGGCGCCGUCAGGCUCCAUGCUCACUCGGAAUACUCCUGCUCGCUUUUGUCGGUAUGACAUCUGGGGGCGAGCUGUCAUUCACCCUGGAGCCCAGUGACAUCAUCGCUGUUCAGGAGCAACCUCUGAUGCUGCACUGUCAGGUGGAGGGGAUCCCACCCAUCACCACGCAGUGGAGACGCAACGGAGCGCUGAUUGUGGAGGACCAAAACUACGUCAUGUUUGCUAAUGGCUCACUUCUGAUUGGUCAUUUCCAGAAGACCAAGUCUGAUGGCUCGUCUGAUGAGGGAGACUAUGAGUGCAUAGCCCAAAAUUUCUUUGGGCUGGUCUUGAGCCGCAAAGCCAGAGUUCAGGCUGCUACAAUGGCAGAUUUUCAUGUGCAGCCACGUUCUGUACGUGCAGAGCUGGGAGGUGUUGGACGGUUUCAGUGCCAAAUCCAUGGCCUGCCUGAGCCGGUCAUCAGCUGGGAAAGAGACGGGCGGCCCGUGGAUACCUCUGAUGACAGGUAUACUCUGUUGCCCACGGGUGUGCUGCAGAUAACUGGAGUACGCCCUGAGGAUGGUGGGGUGUACUGCUGUGUUGCCCACAACAGUGCUGGAGUCAAACACAGUGCAGGAGCGCAGCUCACAGUCUCAGGCUCCCAGUCAUCUGUUUACAAAGAACCCAUGAUCCUUGUGGGCCCUGAAAACCUCACCCUCACAGUUCACCAGACCGCCAUCUUGGAGUGUGUUGCCACGGGUUACCCUCGUCCAAUCGUUUCGUGGAGUAGACUGGAUGGCCGUCCAAUAGGAGUUGAGGGUAUCCAAGUACUAGGAACAGGAAACCUGAUGAUCUCUGAUGUCAGAGUUCAACAUUCUGGCGUUUACGUCUGUGCGGCCAACAAACCAGGAACCCGUGUGCGCAGAACUGCUCAGGGACGCCUAGUUGUGCAAGCCCCAGCAGAGUUUGUGCAGCCCCCUCAGUCCAUUGCUCGCCCGGUGGGCACCACUGCCAUCUUCACUUGUCUGGCCCGAGGUGAGCCAGUCCCCCAGCUCACCUGGCUGAAAAAUGGACAGAUCUUAGAGCCCGAUGGCCACGUGAAACUCAGGAACAACAACAGUACUCUGACCAUCUAUGGAGUAACCCAGGAGGAUGAGGCCAUAUAUCAGUGUAUUGCAGAGAACAGUGCGGGCUCCACACAGGCCAGUGCUCGUCUGACCGUGCUGUGGGCUGACGGGUUGCCGGGUGUGCCCACGGGUGUACGUGCAGAAGCCCUUUCCCCAGCUUCCAUUCAGGUGUCCUGGAAAGAGCCCACCCAAAACACUCAGGACAUAAUUGGAUAUGUGCUCCAUAUCCGCAAGACUGCUGACCCAGUGGAAAUGGAGUACCAGGAGGCUGUGAGUAAAAUGACCCUGCAGCAGGUAAUCGGGGAUCUGGAGCCUUCCACCAGCUACAGCUUCUAUGUGAAGGCUUACACAUCUCGCGGAGCCAGUAAAGCAUCUGAGACGGCUGUGGAGAGCACUCUGGGAGAAGUCCCUGCACCACCAAACUUGUUCACAAAGGUGAUCAAUUCGAGUGUGGUUCAGGCCACGUGGGAGCCUUCCACUAAGAUGGGCCAGCAGGAAGGAUUCAAUCUCUACUACCGUAGGGUCCCCGUCCCCCUCUUCACAGGACCCCUCACCUUCCCACGUAAUGUGACCCAGUACAACAUCACUCACCUGGAUCCCUCUUUUGUGUAUGAAAUUAAGAUUCUUGCUUUUAACCAGCAUGGAGAGGGCAAUGCCACCCUGCGCUUUGUGUCGCUCAAGGAGGCAGUGGAGAAAUCAGUGCUAAAUACCCCUUGUGACUGUGUAAAAGACGAACAGAAUAAAAGCUCCACCACAGGCAUCAUCAUCGGCAUCCACAUCGGAGUCACAUGCAUAAUUUUCUGUGUCCUUUUCCUCAUGUUCAGCUAUAGGGGCAGGUUGAAGAUGUGUAAAACCGUGCAGGCCACCCGACAGGCAGGCCGUAACCCAGUAGGAGUCGUGCAAGAGUCCUCCUCAUCACAGGGGGCUUUGGCCCUUAACGGCCCCCACAGGUUCAGCCAAGAUGGGAAUGGAGGAGCCCACACUGCAAAGAGCUGCACCGACUCCAACGAGAUGGAGAGACUCUUCUCAGGACCAUCCCACUUCUCCUAUCCACCUGACACCACCCACACAAUUGAGAGCUCUUUGGUCUCCUGUCCAUUGAAUGAAACUCAGAUUUCCACACUUCCCCUUGAUGACUUCAGUCUGAUGGAGGAGUGUGAGGUGCAGUUCCGGCAGCAUCCAGCAGAGGGCCAACAGGAUGAAGACUGAUGAAGAAAUGAAGGUCAAGAUUAUCCUCUACUCAGACUCCUGUCCAACUCAGGUUAACUGAAGUAUUCAUCUUUUUUAGUUCUGUUUUUAUCGUGCAAAGAAUAUAUUAUUUGUAAGUUAAGUUCCCUUUGUGGGAAUCACUGGACUGUAAUGCCAGGGAUCCCUCUGGCCUCAUAGUGGAUGAGGUUCUGUGAUGGACAGCUAUUAUUCCUCAUUGGUAGGUGAACAAAUACACUCUUGCAGUUACAACUGGCAGCAUAAGGUACAUUCUCCAGUCACUAGUAUCAAUAAGUGAUUUUAUUCGACGACUUCUGCGCAACAGAGAAGUAUUUUUCCUAAUACCACACAUUAGUUCUGUUUUUUGAUAUGCUGCCUCCUCUUAACCUACCAAUGAUUUCACAAUCCCAUCCAGCGGAGACCAAUACCUUCUUCCAGGGAUUUCAAAUUAUUCUCAGGAUUUUUUUUUUCCACUGAUAUCAAUGUGUGCUUUUUUUAAUUAGGUUUCAACCUUCAUAAAGACUUUAGACUCAGCUAUGUGAACCUUAGAAUUUGCAACAAAAAACCUACCUCAGCUGGAAUGAAUGUCUUGUAGAAAGUCUUUGAGAUCUGCAUCUUGCUGUCUGUUCUGUUUUUAUAUACAUCAUGCAUUCAGUCAAAAGAGAAAAAGGUGCUUCUCUACCUCAGAUUUCAAGGACUGCCGCUCUCCUGCUUGCAGAAGCAAAAAAAAAAAAAAAAAAAAAAAAAAAAAAAAUCCAACAUAUAGCACUUCCAAAUGUUGAAGUCAAUGUUCUACCUCAAAAUAACAAUGUUAUUAUUGUCGCUGUGGUUCUUUUCUCAUAUUGAAACACAGCCUCUGUUUGUAAGAUACUGGCUUCACUAUGUUGAUUAAUUGCUGUGUUUUGAUAUGUCAGUACCUCAUGCCAGUUGACAGAUGACAUUGUUCUAUGAAUUCUGCUUGUAAAGAUGUUUUGAUAGUGUCCUUGUAUUCGCGUAGAAUUUUUUUGUUCUAUGUUUCCUGAUCAGAGUAUUUUUAUUUUAAUCAUAGUCGACGCUGAAAAUGGAAAGACUUUUUAAGAUAAACUGCACUGUUACUAAUGUCUUCAGGAUAAAAAUACUGCUCUCAGAUGAACCGCUGGAAGAAGAGAGGCCACCGUACGCAAAGCUGAAUAUAAACAUAACACAAUGUUUAGGGAAUUGAAUAGUUUGACUUCAUGUGUUUUGCAUGUUGUGUGACAAAGGAAAGGGGGAAUGAACACGUAUGUAAAACGUUCUUUACAGAAUUAAGCACAUACACUGUUUCUAUGGGUGCUGAUAGAAGUAAGUGGUGAUAUAGAUUAGAUACAUAUAUCACGUGUUGUGAUAUUUCGUGAAGAAUUGAAACUUUGCCUGGGUUGUAACUACAGGACUUGUGAUCAAUUACAAGCACCCUUAGAGGCUGUUACUGUUGAGGCUACUCUGCUGCAUGUUAUGAAGUGAACGCCAAACAAUGGAAGAACUGGGCAUUCUAGAAUUCUCCAGGAAGUGAACAUUCCAUUAGAAGCCAAAGCCACUGGAGAUUCUCAUGGCUUCUAUGUGGAGUUCCAUCAUUUUUUUUUUUUUUUUUUUUAUGUCGCAAGCCCCUCAUUCAUGUUUUUAGUGCCACAUUGAUCAGGGAGCACAAAGUGCAUCAGAUGUACGCACAUAACUUGCACCCAUAACAUCUGUUGGCAUUAGAAUGCUCAGAAUGCUGAGUAGAGGAUGCCUGAGCUACCACCGGUCAACUCUUCAUAUGUCUGGCCAGCUAUUGAAUUGCUUUUCAAUUGCUUUUCACUGUGUGCUCAGCCACCCAAUCCAAGACCAGCUGCUUCUUUUAGCGAGGAGGAAGAGUUGAAAGUACCAGCAAGAUGUUCUUUCUCCUCUGGUGUCCCAUAGUGCUAUGGUGCAUAUAUAUUUUUUUAGUAACCUACCUCGACACAGCAGUCAUGCUCUCAGGUCGCUCCUAUUCCGAUGGGGAGAUUGUAUUUUUUGUAUAGUACACACACAUGCACACAUACAUUCACACAUCAGAGGAGAACAUCUCCUUUGGGCCCUUUAGCAGAUCAGUGCGUUGCAUUAGCUUUUCACACUCUUUGAUUUUGUGAAUGUAAAGUGAUAUUUUUUCAUGCGUUAUGUUUGUCUGUAUCAAAUAGUCAUGUUUGCUUUAUUUCGGCUGGUUCAGAUGACUUGUCCAUCAGUUUUGCCACUAUUGUUUUUGUUCUUAAUUUUAAAAUAAUCAUCAUCAUCAUGAGUAUGUGUAGAUAAUGAGUCAAAUUUGCGUAUUUUCAUAACGCCCACAAAUUCUGUAUUCAAUCUUUUUAAAGAAAUGGACAAAGUAAGCCUAGAUAAUCAAAAUAUCGCAUUCAUAUAAGGUAUAUUCACUCAAAUACUGUUUCUGGAACAGAACUGCACAGUAUAUUACAGUGUAGAAAAGACUCA